UGCCCAUAAGCUUUGACACUUUAGCCUACAAAGCAAAUCACAGUUAAUUGUGUAUAGGAAAGUUAAACACUUCCGGCCUGUUUACCACAUUUUACCCACGUUCCACUUUUCAGUCUAUUUUUGCUGUAUAAGUAUAAGUAUUAGCUGGAGAUUGAUACCCAGCCCUAAAUUUUAUCAUACGGUUGUCAUUUAGGGCUGGUAAUUUCAAACCAAAAUAUUCCAGUCUAGUGCUGCACUUAUCAUUUUGUUUUUAACAUUUGAAGAAAUAUAUGAGCUACGUGAAAAAAAUUACCACAUCAACUCAAACAGAAACAUAUGGCAUGUAUUCCAGUGUUCUCAACAACCAUUCAACCCCAUAUUUCCCAUACCGUAACAAUCCACUGACAUUCACCUCGUUCGGUGAACAAUUACAAAAUGGGCGUAUUCCAUCGAAACUGAACUAUAGAGCCCGCUGUACUGGGGUUGGUGCUGCAUACUUCAACACAAUGCAUUCACGCCUGAGCGGUUUAGUAUAAAGACACUGCUAGGCUGGUGCGGCCGGGAUCUGAAGUGCAUGCCACACAACCUUUUCAGACCUUCCAUGGGAAUGCCUGGCAUGAAUAGAAAGUUUUGACAGGAGUGACUCAGCCUACAAGACCAGAGCAAUCCGGAACACACUUCAUAUAUUUGGAGAAUAAAGAAAGGAAUUAAAUCCGUCAGGGUUAGUAUCAACACUGUGUGUUAUGUGACACCAUCAUGCGUGGAGCUUAAAAAGACAGGGUGGUGAGAGUUCACCCUAAAAAGUUCACCUCUGUUUUCCGGAAAUAGUUGGUGCGUGUUUGGCUAUUGCUAAACUACUGUGUCUACCUGAUUUGAGUUUUCACAAGGACAUAUAUUGAUGCUUGCGUAGAAGUAAAACUUGGUCUUUCGAGAGGAAAUUGACAAGUUCAGGAACUGAAUCCCUGGUGUUCUCGUGACCAAUCGCGUUUGAACUCUUGGUAGGUUUACUCCGCGAAGAUGCCGCAUGAGAGAGUAUCUAGAGGUUCGGGGUACCAGGGAGCCCGGUCCCCAUCACCAAACCAAAGACAAGCUUAUACCUUAUCGUCAAACUCAAGAGCAGCACGCACCCCCUCGCCAAACCGAAGGAAAAGCGCUCGCUCCCCGUCCCCGACCCGGAAGGCUGCCAAUUCGUCAAAGUCGCAAGUUCAUCGCAGCGAGGCCAUGUCGUUUUCUACCACUCGCAACGGGGUGCACUCCCCGACCCAGAUCCGGAAGGCCGAACGCUCGAAAUCCCCGGCCCGCAAUGGAUUCCACUCCUUGCCGGCACGGAAGCCCAAGUCUAAGGGGCCGUACACCCUUGAGCGAUUCGCCAUGAUGAACUUCAGCGUGAAGCCAGCCAAACGACCCACGGUUGCCACGAAAUCCGGUUCAAACACAGGGAGCAUCUGGCAGCAUACGACGGAGCCGAUUCAGAAGCCUCUACUCCAACACCUGCUGAGGGAUCAACAGUUGUCCAGUCGAGCAUGUUCUGCUUUCAAAGCAAUCAUGAAGUACAUGGGCGACUACCCUACCAAGAAAACCAACCUUCAGGGCACGCAAAUGACCGACAAGAUCUUCACCGAUGCCUUGAGAUUGGACGGCCUCAAAGAUGAGAUCUAUUGCCAGAUCAUCAAGCAGUUGACCAACAAUACUCUCAAUGUCAGCGAGGAGCGGGGCUGGGAGCUGAUGUGGCUAGCCACAGGCCUCUUCUCACCCAGCGACACCCUGCAGCCCGAGCUGGGCAAGUUCCUGCGUUUGGCCCACCACACGCUGGCUGAGGACUGCCAACGCAGGCUGCUGGCCGUGUCGCAGCUGACACAGCAGCGCAAGUACCCGCCGCACUGGGUGGAGGUGGAGACCAUACAGCAUCACUACACGCAGAUCUUUCACUUCAUCUUCCUGCCGGAUGACAAGUCCAAUGCGUCCUUUCAAGUUUCUUCCACCAUGACGGUUGGAGACCUGUGUAAGAGCAUCGCCAAUCGUCUCGGGCUGAAAUCUAACAAGGGAUUUGGCCUCUUCCUUAUAAUGGCUUCAAGGAUCAUCGCCAUGCAUGAGGAGAGUGAUUUCUUCUUCGACGCCCUGAGACGACAAAUCGACUGGGAACAGGAAGGUAUCAAAUCCGCUAAAAAGAGCGACAUGCCUGUGCUGGCCUAUCAGAUGUUCUUCCUGCGCAAGAUCUGGACGGACGUGGUUCCUGGGGAUGACGUACAAGCCGACACCGUCUUCCACUACCACCAGGAGCUGCCAAAGUUCCUGAGGGGCUACUACAGCUGUCCGCCGGAGGACGCGGCAAAACUGGCCGCGCUUCAGUUCCGUGCCCGCUACGGUAACGACAAGACGGAGAUGCAGAAUAUUGCCAAGCGGCUGUCGGAUUUCUUGCCCGAGGACCUAGUGAAGAGCAGAUCCGUCGACGAUUGGAAGAGGGCCAUCAUUUCCGCUUACAACCAGCCGUGGAUCACCAGUAUGACCAAGGACGCCGCUAAGGUAGCCUUCCUGAAGAUCAUGUACCGCUGGCCCACGUUUGGAUCCUCGUUCUUCGAAGCUGCUAAAGUCACAGGAUCGGACAACACAGAGGACGUGUUACUGGCAAUCAACAAGCACGGCAUACUCAUCAUAGAUGCACAGUCAAAAGAAGUUCAGAAGACGUUCCCCUACAGCGAGAUACAGGGCUGGGCCGGCUCAGGGCAGAGUGACUUUUUCUUGACAGUCGGCAACGAGAGCAAAGGAGCCAUGAAACUCCACUUCAAAACCAAGCUGGGCUACAAGAUGGACGAUCUCUUGACCUCCUACGUACGCUACAUGCAGAAGAGACCGUCUUCGGGGCAACAUUCCAACAAUAAUAAAACGCUUUAAUGGACACCCUAUCUAUCCAAACCCUUCACAGGUUGUGACAGUUAUGUGGUGUAAUCCAUAGUGGUUCUGGCAGUUGGUAACCAGCCUGUACAAAAGCUAUGGGAGCGGGAAUGGGUUGUUCGUUUUUUUAGUUUGUGAGAGUUUUAUCAGUAGGAGGGUUAAAGAUAUAGUCCAUCAUUUGUAAUUUGUGCAUUUUGUUUGUUUGAAGCAACAAAAGUGCUCAAGAUCUAAAGAAGGAUGCUAAACAA